AUGGACGAGAUCGCUUACGGGCUGGAGAUGGCGGGAUGUCUGUUCAUUUGGGCCGUCCGAUCGGGGACCUGGGCUUCAGAUGAAGGAUGGGAGAGAAGGGUGGAAGGGAGAGGGUUGGUUGUAUGUGAUUGGGUGGACCAGCGGAGUAUCCUAGCACACCCAAAGGUGGCAGGGUUUUUGAGCCAUUGUGGUGGAACUCGGUGUUGGAGAGCUUGUCAAUGGUGUCCCUCUAUUGGCCUGGCCAAUGGGAGCAGAGCAACCACUGAAUGCCAAGAGUUGAUGGGAGGUGAGAAGGGGAGGAGGGCUAGGGAGAGGGCAGGACUAUUUGGGACCAUGGCAAGGCAUGCCGUGGAGAAAGGCGGAUCGUCGGAUAAGAAAUUGGAUGAAUUGAUCAAAUGCCUAUUGCCAACAAAAAGGAAUAAAACAUGUAAAAGUUUAUUUAGCCUUGAUACUGUAAUAGAAGUUAUAUAA